UCCUUGUUGCCUGUCCCCACCUGUCUUUCAGCCUGGCCGCGCCACCUCGGUCUCCGCCAUGAACGGGCCCGCCCUGCAGCCCUCCGCGGCCUCCUCCACGCCCUCCGCCUCCUCGUCCACGAGCGCAGCCCCGGCCCCACGCGGCUGGAGCGAGUUCUGCGAGCUGCACGCGGUGGCCACGGCCCGGGAGCUGGCCCGGCAGUACUGGCUCUUCGUCCGCGAGCACCCGCAGCACGCGCCGCUGCGCGCCGAGCUCGUGUCGCUGCAGUUCACUGACCUCUUCCAGCUCUACUUCUGCCGCGAGGUGCGCCAGGGCCGGGCGCCCGGGCCUCCGGCUCGCGACUACCGGGAAGCGGGCCGCGGGCCCCCGGCCAAGGCCGAGGCCCCCCGAGCCGAGGCGGGCCCGGCGGGCCCGGCUGCCCCGGCCCUGCCCAAGGCCCGCAGCUCGGAGGAGCUGGCCCCACCGCGGCCGUCCACGCCCUUUGCCCUCCAGCACCUGCGCCACAGCCUCCGCCACAUCAUCCGCCGCCGCUCGGCCGGGGAGGUGCCGGCAGCUGGCACCGCGGGGGAGGCCCGGCCCAAGGCCGGACUGGCCAGGAAGCUCCUGCCCUGGAGCCUGGCCCGGGAGCCGCCGCCCGAGGCCCUCAAGGAGGCGACACUGCGCUACAGCCUGGCCGACGAGGCCUCCAUGGACAGCGGGCCGCGCUGGCAGCGGGGGCGGCUGGCGCUGCGGCGCGCCCGGGGUCCGGAGGGCGGCGCGGACCGCGUGCUGGAGCUCUUCGACCCGCCCAAGAGCUCGAAGCCCGCGCUGCAUGCGGCCUGCUCCAGUGUCCAGGAGGUCCGGCGCUGCACACGCCUUGAGAUGCCCGACAACCUCUACACCUUCGUGCUGAAGGUGAAGGACAGGACAGACAUCAUCUUUGAAGUGGGAGACGAGCAGCAGCUGACUUCCUGGAUGGCUGAGCUCCGGGAGUGCACAGGCCAAGGGCUGGAGAGCACAGACCCAGAGGUGCGCCUUCCCUCGGUGCCUGCGCCUGGCACGUCCAGCUCUCCAAGGGGAAGCACCGAGUCCCUGAACCAAGCAGGGGCUUCUCCUGGGGGGUUGCUGGACCCAGCCUGCCAGAAAACAGAUCACUUCCUGUCCUGCUACCCCUGGUUCCACGGCCCCAUCUCCCGCGUGAAGGCGGCUCAGCUGGUUCAGCUGCAGGGCCCUGACGCUCACGGAGUGUUCCUGGUACGGCAGAGUGAGACACGGCGCGGGGAGUACGUGCUCACGUUCAACUUCCAGGGCAUAGCCAAGCACCUGCGCCUGUCGCUGACCGAGCGGGGCCAGUGCCGAGUGCAGCACCUCCACUUCCCCUCGGUCAUGGACAUGCUCCACCACUUCCAGCGCUCGCCCAUCCCACUCGAGUGCGGAGCCGCCUGCGACGUCCGGCUGUCCAGCUACGUGGUAGUUGUCUCCCAGCCGCCAGGUUCCUCCAACACUGUCCUGUUCCCUUUCUCCCUCUCUCGCUGGGACUCAGAGCUGGGCCUCCCCCACCUUAGCCCUUCUGGCUGUCCGCGGGGGCCUGGCCCGGAGGGCCUGCCAGGCCGCUCCUCUCCCCCAGAGCAGAUCUUCCACCUGGUGCCUUCGCCAGAGGAACUGGCCAGCAGCCUGCGGCACCUGGAGCCUGAGCCCGCCAGCCGAGCCCGGGACUCAGACUACGACAUGGACUCCUCCUCCCGGAGCCACCUGCGGGCCAUAGACAAUCAGUACACGCCCCUCUGACAGGCGGUGGGGCCCACCCCCCAGGCGCCCAGAGGGGCACCCACAGCACACAGAGACAGGACUUGUGAAUGUAACUUCCCUUCCUUCCAGAGUCAAGGGACACUGUUAACUGCUCCUUCCAGUUUGGGUGUGACCCUUCUAUUAGGCCUGUUAAAGGGCCCCCUCUAAGUUUCAACUUGGCUUUCUCCUUAUUGUUUACAGAUACAGGUCUU